AUGUUGAGGAAUAAGUUUUUGCAAGAAUGGGGCUACAACGCUUUUGUUCCCUUCUGGAAAGUUUUCAGGAAAGGUGUGAUUAAAGACAUUCCUAUAGAUUUUGAGCCAGAAUUAAUUACCACAGAACUCAAUAAUGGCAACCCAGGCUUAAAUGUUGUAGAAUCAGUUCGUUUGAAAAGAAGAGUCAAAGAAAGGGGUAACGUUACAUGGGAGGACACCACUUCAGUGCAGGUAACGAUGCGCAUUAAAGAAAUACCGAACGCAGUUUACUUUUGGAAAACGAGAAUUGGUUUAAGUCCAUUCAUCCCAGCAGUCAGGAAGUGUUACAGGUGUGGCAAGGUUGGUCACUCAAUAAAGUUUUGCAAGGAGGAGGAGAAGUGUCUCAGGUGCGGUAAUAACAAGCAUGAUGAAGAAAAUGGCUGCAUGCUUAAAUGCAUCAACUGUAAAGGUUCACAUUUUUCCUUGGACAGUAAGUGCCCGAAACUUCGGGAACUUUAUGAGAUCAGUCGCAUCAUUGCAGAAAAGAAUGUGUCAUUCCCAACAGCAAGGGAUUUGUAUUUCAAAAGACAUUUUAAUGCUCAAGAAAACCUGAGGCCUUCGGUGGACUCUUUGAACUUUCCAGUCCUGGGAAAUGAGAAUAGGUUCCUGGUGCAUAACAUUAGAAGAGAUGGAUCGUAUAGACAGGCGGUUAGUGGUAAUAUUGAAAGACCAAAGGCUGAUGGUAAACAAGACUCAAGACAAAGUAAUCUCCAAGGUGAAGGAAUUCCAACAGAGCUGAACAGCGAGAUUUGCAGUUUUUUACACGAACUUAAGAAAAAAGAAGAUGGAGACUGUAGUGACAGGUUGUUCAGGCGACUUAAGGAAUUUUGUCAAUGGAAUUGCUGCAGCAUUAAGAGAAAGUUACCUGAAUUACAAUAUAGAGCUUCCAAUUUUGAUGUGAUGUUACUCUCGGAGACCUGGUUAACGGAUGAUGACUCAAUCUCGGUCAAGGGAUUUGAUGUGGUGCGUAGAGACAGGGUAGGGCGCCCUGGGGGUGGAGUUGCUAUUCUGGUGAGAAAUAAUAUUAAAUAUAAGAGAAAACAUGGUUUGUAUAAUUGUAACAAUAACAUUGAGCUGUGUGCUAUAGAAUUAUUUACGUGUGAAGGGCCUUUUCUAGUAGUCUCAUGUUACAGGCCUCCGGAUCGAAAUAUGACGAAGGACCAGUGGGUGCGCUUUUUGAACCAAUUCAGUGGAAACUUCCUGGUCACAGGGGAUUUCAAUGCUCAUCACCAGGUAUGGGGAAGUGAUGCGAACUCUAUAGAAGGUACAAAAUUAUUUGAAGCUAUCGAGGAGUCGGAGGUUGGGUUGCUGAAUGGGGCAGUCAAGACCUUUUAUUCGCGUCAAUAUCGAACAGAAUCCGCUCUAGAUCUAUCGUUCGCAAGUUGUGGGUUGUUGUCGCUGUUUGAGUGGAAGGUUAGUAGGGAUACGUGGGGCAGUGACCACUUCCCAAUAUUUAUGACUUUGACAAGGUAG